CAUGGCCGCGCGGUGGUACCCCUACUACCGUUUUCACGGCGGAAUUGGUGAUGGAUGUUGUGGAUUAGCUUUUCGUAAUACUGUAGACUACACCAUGGCUCGUCCGCUACAACUGUUUGAUGCUUUGGAUCCGAUUAACUUUCAGAUGACAAUUGAUCAUGGUGGCUUUGUGAACAUUCCGAUGAUCGAACCAUCAUGUCUGCCGGAGGAGGCAAGCAGUGGAACCGGCGUGUUCUUACCGGCGUAUCCGAUGAGGAUCCGUGGUAGAAAAGGCUCUACUGCAAAAUGUUGCUUUUUUGUUUUUUCUGGAGGAUGAUCUUGCAACAAGAUUUACCUCUUCUUGCUCAAAAUCCAUUAGGUGGGGGGCUUAGAGCUCUGGAAAGGAGAGUCGAAGAACUGCGAGAUCAUGCAAACGCACUCUGUAGGAAUCGCGAAAA